AUGGCCGGACGUGACAGCGACGAUGACAGCGACACAGAAUGGGCGCCGCCGAAGCAACCAGAGUGGUACAAGAGCAAGGCCAACACGACAAGCUCCAACAGCAUGUCACAAACGAAUGUAAGAGAAGGAUAUGGGAUCACGACCUUAGAGGUUGUUGAACUUGUAGAGGACCUUACAAGCUAUGUCAAGAAAAAGGACCUACUCGAGAAGAUCCAAUCAGAAAAGAGCCAAUCGCAGCUUCUGAAGAGCUUGCGUUCACCAACGUCAAAGGACUGGCUUGCGGUAGCCAAAUGUACACGGCUGCGAAAUGCGCAAAUACCCAAAGUCUUCCACGAGGCUGCAGCCGGAACUAUCUGGACGAUGAUGCUAGCCAAGGUGCGUCAGUACGGCGCCAAGGUCAAGACAGAGGACCCGAGCAACACGCCAACGCCGACACUGUCUGAGACGGCGCAGCGACGGUCUUCGUCCGUCGUGUCCAACAGGUCUACAGCGUCGAUAACCGACAAGUUCGGCGUUGCAUCACUCACUGAGCCGGCUAUCUUGAAUGACGCCAAUGUUGCCUUAGUAGACGCUGUGCAUCACUCUGUCGUCAAACAAUUCCCCAUGUUCAGGCUGAUGACGAAGGAAAGCCAGCAGAAAUUGGAGGAGAACUACUUUGAGGUUAGGGCCCAGCACCUCAAGUACGAUGCCCUCAUCCAGCAUUUGUCAUUGCCCAAGUACUCCGAUUGGUACCAAGCAGGCACCUCUCAGGUCAUGGAUGCGUUGACGAUGACGCUCAUUGAGGACGACGACGACUUGCUAGGCACCGUCAACUCUCAUAUCAAGUCGAGGAGGCUCGGAGCACCCUCACCACCCAAGAAGAGAGGCCGACAUUCCAAACUUAUACCAGACGGACCUCCCCUCAAGCGCCGUAAGACCGAGGCAGCGGACAGCAGACAUGCAAAAGCAAGCGGGGGAAGAACCAAGAAAGACAAAGAUUCAGAGGACUCCGACACUGGCAGCGACGUCCCGCGCCCACGCAGGAGGGACAGAGCAGCGGCCCGCGCUCGAUCAGCUGAAAGAAAGCGGUUAGGAAAGGAAGCGCAGCUUAAGAAGACCAGGGACGAAGAGGAGCUGGCUAAGGCCAAAAAAGAGAAAGAGGAGAAAGAAGCUCGGGAGCGCGAGACUCAGCCAGAUGGCCCGCUAGACAGCGACGACUACCGCUCAGACAGCAGCUCGGACAUUGACCCUGAGGAUGACUCGGAGGACGAGGAGGCAACGACAGCAAAGGACCUUGCCAGAGAACAAAAGGAAAGGCUCAAAGCCUUAUUGAACGCCAAUUGCGACUUCACCCCAUACCAGCUCACAGACGCAUACAUCCUCUACUUCAAAGAGUUGUCAUCUGACAAUGGCGGGAUCUUUGCCAACGCCAUGGGCAUGGGCAAAACGCGAGCGAUGGUGCUCGCCGUCCUCAUGGGACACGUUCACUUCAAGAACUGGACGGAAGUGCAAAAUGCGCGAGCAGAAGGCGACGCGACAGAACACAACGCAGUUGACGAUGACGACAAGCCAUGUCCUACUGAAGGCGAGAGAACGUUCCACUGCGCGUGCGAAAGGAGCCCCUCCUUCAACGCCGAACCUCGACAAGCAGCCACAAUGAUGACUGGUUGGGGGCGAGCAGCUGAUGCCUGGAAGAACGAGGUAGUCGCGAUGGAUCUUGCAAACUCCACGUGGUGCGACCCAAGCGAUCCGCUGGCCCUACGGUUCUGCUUCUUUAGUGACUCUCCCCCGGAGAACAUGGGCAGACCAACGAAAGAGGAAGCAAUGGAGAUGCGAAUCGAUACCACUGACGCUAUCUCCAAAGCGCUCGCUGCCGCCAAUAAGUUAGUCGCCCCACGGAGCUACGUGCUAGGAGGCGUGGAUCAUCGAGAAACAGUCUACUGGACAAUACCGGAAGCGAACACGCCUGCUGUGCACCCUGAGGCUACGAAGCACCGUCCAGCACCGUCAGCAGCACGGUUUGUGAUAGUCUGCGGCUUCGGAAAGGUAGACAAGCAUGUGUUUAGGGCUUACAACACUAUGAGCGUCACGGCACAGCGAACGAUCAUACGCAAAGGCGGUCCUCAUGUGGAAAAGAGGGCGAUACUGCUUCCUGGUCAUGUCACUGUAUGGGGGCGGACUGUAUUCGAUGAAUUCCACAAUUGCAAGUCGGAGGGCACAAUCAUGGCCAAGUUUUACCAGGAUAUUCGAAGCCACAACCACGGAUACCAAUGGAAAGCAUGGGCCCUGUCCGGAACGCCUAUGGAACAAGGACUGAAUGAGAUCUUGAUCUUCGUGUCGCUAGCACUCAUUGGCCUUCAAAACAGGAAAGGGGUCUCUAACUGGUUCAACGCUACCGACAAGAGAGACUCCGUGACUGGCGAUCGCAUCUAUAAGAUGGAAGAUGCAGUCUACCGGUCGAUUGCGGAGACACCAUCUCACAGGACUCGCCAAAACACAGCCCUCAAUGGCCUAGCAAUGGCUAAACAAUGGCGCAAUAUGAUUGCCAAUGUAAAGCACGACGCAAGCGAACACGAGUCGUCUCAUGAGUAUAAAGAACUUAUAUCUCAAGGAGCAGCAGUAGCGCAGAGGUUUAUGUUGAAAAGAACAUUGAAGACGCGCGACCCGUGGGGCAAACCAAUAUCCGGCAUUAAGGGCGACUUCCUGCCUUACUUCCAAAGCUGCCCAUGUCCAGAUUUCCUCAGCACGGUACAAAACGCUGAGCAACAAUGCAGAGAUAUCCUGGAAAAAGAAGGCCUUGAUGAAUCAGAAGCUAGCAGACGUGUGAUCUUCAACCGCUUCGAGAUGCAGGCGAUAGCAUCCUACCCUGCGCUUGCUACUCUAAAGGCAGCACAGUUCAAAACAUACGGCAGCCGCAAAGUCAAACGCUUCACGUCAAACAGCGCAGUGACGUGGCUAGGCUUGAGAGAGAAGUUCGGUGACGAGAGCGUCUUGGUCAUGCAGGGAGGUAUGACACAGCACGAAAUCAACCUCAAGCUUGCUAAAUGGAGGGAUCCAGAUGGGCCUUGGAUCAUGGUGGCUUCAAUGGCAUUUGCAGAGGCAAUCACACUGACAGAAGCUACGCACGUCGUCAUCAUGGAGCCGCAAGACAGGCAGAACACACAGGAUCAAUUCAUGUUCCGAGUGUACCGACUCGGCCAGUUGGCAGAAAUGUGUGUCGGCAUUGUCUAUUUUAACCCAGACAGUGAACUGGAACUCAAAGUACUGGGCAAGCAGGACGUCAAAACAACUUCCCGAGAUAAACUACAAGGUGGAGGAUCGACGGUUACGGAUCAACGCAUGGACUGGCAUCAAACUGAACCGAUUGUCAUGAGUUUAGAAGCACUCUGCUAA